UACUUCAUACCUUGAAACUUCACUGCCUCUGUGAAUUUAGAUGUUCAUUUAACAGUUUUUGUGUUCCCAAUGUGUAGGCACAGUAAGAGAGAAUGUGGUGAAGUCUACACCAGUGAGUGAGACAGGCAGUGAUCAUCAAAGAAGCACCUUCACAUGUCAGUUUUCAUACCCUCCUCUCCUUUCACAGGGAUCCAGAGCUGCUGCUGAAGGCGCUAAGGAGGGCAAGGUUAAAGGAGGCUUUGGGGGACGUGGGGUCGGUUUACGUUAAUAGAGAAGUCAUAGUAAGAAACCAGGAAAGAGGGAAAUAGAAGUAUGUAGGCAGGCAGGAGCUUGGCAGGUGGAGAAAUAGCAAGGAAUACCAGCUGCCUGUCCCGUUAAGAAAAUGAGGUCAGAUGCAUCUUGGACCUUGAGUCCUGGCACUGGAUGUGUGGACAGUGGUGUGAGCUGUGUGUCCUUUAGCUCUAACUCUGUGACAGUCGGAAGCAGAAGUGUCCAGGUAUUUCAAACAAGGAUGCAGUACAUGCACUUGGUUAAGUGCUGGAGGGGCAAGAGCUAAUGGUCAGGCUGUCCAAGGAUUAGCAGCUGCAGAAAUACUGCCGCCUUAGGGAUAAGGAUGCAGAAAGGUGUGUCCUCUUUGCUCACAGCUACUGUGCCACUGAAGCCCUGGAGCAGUGGCUUUGGCUGCUCUCCCUGCCACAGGCACUGCACCAGGGAGAUGCUGACCUCUCUCCCUCCACUGUGGCUCACCACCAAAGGCAGCACUGACAGCUAGGAGGGAAUGAAAGGGCAGUGAAGCUGAGAGGAUGCUGGUGCACAUCACCUAUUUGACUGAUGGGUUUUCCUAAAACCUAAUGCCUUUGUUUUUCACCUUGACUUUUGGUAACAUCAUAAAGUAUGAUCCAUCAAAAUACUGCCACAACUUAAAGAAGAUAGGUGAGGAUUUCACAAAUGUAAUCCCUAUAUCCAGCCUCACAUGGGAGUUGGAAGGAGGGAAUGACCCUAAGAGUAAGAAACGGCGAGGAGAGUUCUCUGACUUUCACAACCCUCCCAAGAAGACAGUAAAAGAGCAGAAGGGUGAGGUUCCCACUGUGUCUCAGGCUGCGAUACCGAGAUCCCAGAGGAUAAUAGGGAGUCCAUGCUCAGCACAGCAGCAGGCUGCACAGAAAACAUCUUGUGAUCCCGUUAGUCCUUCUGAACCACCUCUAUUUAUACCUGGUUCUGAGAGCCAGAGGCCUAAAAAUGUAUUUUUUCAGACUUCUGGCUUGGAAACUACCAGGAAGAGAAAUCGCAUGUCUGCCGAUGAUACUGAUUCUGAAGAUGAAUUACAGCAAAUGAUCGAAAGAGAGGAAAACUUAGAGAAAACUACAUGGUCCUUAGUAAAUGAAUCUGAAAAUGAUCCCUUUGACACAGUAAAGAAUGAUUUCAAAUCAGAUGUUCACAAACUUCAUUCUUUAAGAGGUUUAGGCAUCAAACAUAGUGUCUCUUGCCUCAGUAGCAAAAGUGCUAUUGUGGGAAAUGAUCACGACUAUGAUUCAGGAGAUACAGAUGAAAUCAUCGCAAUGAAAAGGAAUGCUGGUGAGGCCAACAGCAAUACAGGGUUUUCACAAAUGGAAAAUUCUACAUGCAAGAAGACUUUGAAAAACAAGAAACACCAUGAGCUGUCUUCUCAUCAUAUUAAAGUACAAAAAAGAAGCAGCAACGUAGAGCUAGCUAUCAAUCCUGGAGUUAAGCCUUUUAAUUGUGAAUCUCCAUCCAACUACAGUAGAUGUGAAAAUGUGAAUUCCAUGUUGGGAUUGGCUGGGACUGAAAGAGAUGAGUAUGAUGCCAUGAUGAAAAACUGUCUCCAUGUGACUCUCACUCUGGCUGAUUGGGAACACUUGGCUGGCAGUGACCUGGAGGCUCGUAAAGAACGUGCUGAGCACCAUGGCCAGAAAACCAGCUCCAAGAAUCGUGGGCCCUCCAAGAGCCACAGGACUCCUGUUGGCUUCCACCCUGAGGAGAUAGUGGCUUCUCUUUUGGAAAGAGAAGAGAACACCCAUGGAAAACAGAAACCAGAGGGAAACAAAUUCCAGGCUUUCAAGGGAAUAGGCUGUCUCUAUGGGAAGGAGUCCGUGAAAGACUCCUUGGGAGAGAGUGCUGCCUCUGCCAAUAUGUCUAAAGACCAGAAUUCUUUGAAAGCUGAGAACCCCAGCAGCAUGUCCACAGAAGAAAAGGGGUCUCUGUAUGUUAAUGACUCAGCAAGCAAACCAAGUCCUUUCCGGUGUGCAAGGAAGGCAGAUGACCCAAAUCAUGCUUGGCCUCAAAACAGGCAGGCCACUUUUGAGAACCAGGAUCACAAGGCAGUAUCCCCUAGCAGUUUGGAAAAGGGAAACAGAAACCUUUUUUCUGGUCUGUCACCAUUAAAAGAUAAGAAAUCUUUAAACCUUGGUGCAGAGACUCACCGGAUCAGCUUUGAUAAAGAGGGUUGCCACGAGACCAUGAAUACAGAGCCCUCUGAAUACAGGCCAGAUAUGAACAGCCAUGAGGCCCCUGGGAAGUCACCAGCAGUCUCCUCCUGGAGAGGUACUUCUGUUAAGGGCUCACCGGGCAUUAGUGCUAAGGAGAUGCAUGCUGGAGAUAAUCUGAAGCGUUUGGCAGCCAUCGCGGCCAGGCAGAAAGCAAAGGAAGCACAAAAGAAGCUGGUCCAUAAAGCUCUGGCAAAUUUGGACAGUUCUGCGGAGGACAACAAGCCAGUGCACAUCAUCUUUGGUUCCAGCAGUGAAAGUGAAACAGAGGAGACGCCCACUCAGGAUCAAUGUCACCUGAGGGAGGAAUUAGCAAAGGAAUCUGUGAGUAAAGCAUCUGGGAAGCUGUUUGACAGCAGUGAUGAUGAGGAAUCUGUUUCCGAAGAUGACACUAACAGGUUCACAAUUAAACCUCAUUUUGAGGGCAGAGCCGGACAGAAGCUCAUGGAUUUGCAGUCUCACUUUGGCACUGAUGACAGAUUUCGCAUGGACUCCCGAUUUCUAGAAAGUGACAGUGAAGAGGAACAGGAAGAGGUAAAUGAAGAGAAAACUGCGGAGGAAGAAGAGCUUGCUGCAGAGAAAUUGAGAGCCCUGAGUGUUGUACAGAGUGUUUUGCACAUCAACUUAAGCAAUUCUACAAGCAGAGGAUCAGUAGCUGCUAAGAAAUUUAAGGAUAUCAUACAUUAUGAUCCAACGAGGCAUGACCAUGUCACUUACGAAAGAAGUGAUGAGAAAUCAAAAGAAAGUAAAGCAAAACGAAAGAAGAAAAGAGAGGAAGCUGAGAAGCUACCCGAAGUGUCUAAAGAAAUGUAUUAUAACAUUGCUACGGAUUUAAAAGAAAUAUUCCAACAUGCAAAAGAUACUGAUGAAAAGGAAGAUGGCUUGCCCCAGGAUGAGGCCUGUGGCGGAGAGAAAGCCAAAGCAGCCCACAGCCCUGCAGCUCUGGUGACUGGGGCUGAGCGGCCUGGCAUGUUCAUGUUCUCCUUUUUUGAAUCAGACACUAAAGCUGUAAAUGAAGAAACCUAUAGAGCUGAGACAGUGAAACCUGUGAAGAUUGUCUGGCAAGGAGCUCCUCAUUUCCACGAUAGCAGUUCAGAAGAGGAAGAUGUUACUGAAGAAACAAAUGACAGAAAGCCUAGCCCUGGAGAAAUAUCAUUACCUGAGAAGGAAACCACUAGAUUUUUCUUUUUCUCCAAGAAUGAUGAAAGACUUCAUGUAGGUUCUGGCUUAUUCUGGAGAGGAGUGGGAAGUAGUAUUAGCAGGAAUUCUUGGGAAGCCAGAACAAACAACUUGCGCAUGGAUUGUCGGAGGAAACAUAAAGAUGCCAAAAGGAGAGUGAAACCAAAAUAAUAAAUGGUCAGCAUCAGUUUUAUACCAAAUGUGAACAAGGCUCACCCAUGGAAAUUUGAUGAUCUGGAAAAUAAUGUUAGCUGAGAAAGAAGAAUUAGAGUGAAGGAAUAUUCAAAAUCUGGCUGGUAGAUAUAAUUGUGAUUGCUCUUCUGUGGAUUUCCUCUGUAUUUCUCCGUAAAUACUCUUUCAAGAAAUUAACCUGAACUUUUUUUUUAAUGAAGCACAGGAUAGUCCCUUGGAACAGUUUUUGUACAUAAUCUUGUUGCCCUCCAUCCUUAAUAACUCAUGAGCAUCUCUGCAAGGUUUACAUAAGUCUUUUUAAAUAUAUGAUGAAUAAAAGCACUUGUGUUUUCCAAA